AUGUCUGAAGAAAUACUUAAACUCGGGUCAGCUGCGUCGCACCGGCGGGCUAGCUUCUCAUCGGAUCCGAUCGGGUGUGCAAAUCAUAUGUAUUUGAAAGCACGCCAUCGCAAAACGAAACCCACGGAACGCGGUCUGCUGAAAAUGAAAACUCUUUGUCUGUGGCUGGCACCAGUGCUGAUCCUGUUGCUGUUGGGAUCAAAGGAAGUGGAAUCCAAGAAAUAUCAGCGAUGCGAACUCACCCGAGUACUGGUGGAGAACUACAACUUCGACAAGACUUUCAUCUCCAACUGGAUCUGUCUGGUGGAGCACGAGAGUUACCUGGACACCAGGAAAAUAACUAGAAAGGAAAACGAAAGCAAGAACUACGGUCUCUUCCAGAUCAACAGCAGGGAUUACUGCACGGAGGGACGAAAAGGCGGGCAGUGCAAUAUGAAAUGCGAAGACUUCUCCAAUGACGACAUUGGCGAUGAUAUUGCCUGUGCCAAAAUGAUCCAGGAACGCGAGGGCUUCAAGUACUGGAAGGGCUGGGACCGCUUCUGCCGCAAUCCCCAGAACCUGCCCAAUCUCCGCGUGGUCUGCAACCUGCGCAGCUUGUCGCCACUGCGGUCAACUCGCGGUUUCCUCCCCGGCUGAUCACCUAUUCCUAUGUACUACUUGAACACCUAGCUUAAAAGAUGCAUAUACACAUGUGAAUGCUUUGCAUAA